AUGACAUCCAGAAACCUCAACAAGACCUGGCGCGACAUCGUCUUUGAACAGUACGAAGCCGAUCACGCAGCUGAUGCCCCCUUUCCAAUCCACUACUUGAUCUACGGCGACCAGUGGAAAAUAGAUAUCAUCAUUGAUAUCCCCAACAAGAUAGACGUGCCCGUCUUCCGCCAAGCUCUCCUCCACGCCGCCAGUUCUAGACGUCUUGAAAAGGACCCGGCGUACAAAGACGACCUGAUCAGUGUCCGAGCACGUAUUCCGCCAAGCAAGAAUGGUGAUGCUCACUCGCAAGAUGACGCUGCUGCUGAUGGCAACAGCGGCUAA